AGGCCGAGGCGCUUGUGAUAGAAGGAUGCAUAAAGGCGUCGCUCGCAGCUCAUACGGCCACCAUCAUCAAUCUCACAUUCUCAAGCAUCAAUCAAUAUGUCCACUCCUUCCCUUCCUCGUGGCGACUUUGUCAAGUAUGUUGCAUUCAAAGCCAAGCCCGGUAAGCGACAAGAGCUACUCGACCUGAUCAUCCAAAUUCGCGACGACAUCCUCGCCAACGAGGAGGGUACCCUGCAAUUCUUCGUCGUUGAAGACCCGGCCGAUGGGGAGAUCAUUACUUGGCAGGAAUACGUCGAUGACGCCGCUCUCGACGCCCGUCACGAGGGCAAGACACAUGCUCUUUGGGUGGAGAAGAAGGGUGAUUUGGUCGAGAGUUUUGUGUCGAGGAAGCUUCCUUUUGUCAAGAAGUGA